GAUCCACCACGAUUUGAAUAAAGAAAUACUCAGAAAUGCAAUUUUAAUUUCCUUUCCUCCAUAAUCAGAAAAAUGCCACAAAAACAUGUUAAAAACACCAAAAACAGGAUUUGAAUCGGUUCCAAACAAAACCGGUCCGGAGGUGGGAGUUGAUGCCGUCUGAGUCCAUUUAAGGGCAGAAGCAGAAGUAAAGCAAAAAGAAAGAGAAAAGGCGCUCCGAUCCUCACGCACCUCCUCCCCUCCCCCACAUCACGCAUCCCCGCACGCGUCGGUAACGCAGCGUUUCUCUGCCUCAUAAGGCGGGAUCCGGGCAGGAAGUGGACAGACAGAGCAGAGCGCAGCGCGCGCCGCCGUACUUCCUCAACUUCUUCCCGGCAACCGCCUCUUCCUCCUCCUCCUCCUCGGUAUCAUCUUCCUCAUCUGCAGGAGGGAAAUCUUCUUCUUCUUCUUCUUCAGCAGCAGCAGCAGCAUCCGCCGCAGCUGCAGCAUCCCGGGCUGCGGAUCUAAGCCUCCUGUUCUCCCUCCACCAGCUGGACGUCACUCCUCCAUCCGGUGUCCUCCUCUGCCCCCGCUGCGCCAACAGCCCCCCAGCAGGUAGAACAGCCUACAUCAAACUGCAGCCAUGGAUGAGAUGGACCUGCCCCAGAUGAAGAAGGAGGUGGAGAGCCUGAAAUACCAGCUGGCUUUCAAACGGGAGAAGUCCUCUAAAACCGUAACAGAUUUGGUGAAGUGGAUAGAGGAUGGCGUUCCAGAGGAUCCUUUCCUGAACCCGGAGCUAAUGAAGAACAACCCGUGGGUGGAGAAAGGGAAAUGCGUCAUUCUUUGAGGAAAAAGUUAUCUUCCAACCCCAAUCUUCCUCACCCAACAGCGUCAGCACACCGCAUCUAUAUUUAUAUGUCUGACCCCUGGAUCUCUCCCUCCUGACCUGUGAGGACACUGGCAGGACAAUGCCUACCAACCUCUCACCAUGAAUGUACUACAGCAGAACCCCUCCAACCCCUCUCCCACACAGCAAGGGCAUGGAAACACACUCUCACAUGGAUCACUUGGGCUUGUCUCGUCUCCACGUUCACUACAUUAUGACUGCAGCCACGGCGGUUCCUAGUAACCUUGACAGGAGAACAGCAUCAGUGUUUAAAGUUCAUCUAAAGAAACACCUGCUGGUUUUUCAUGCAGAUUUCAAUCAGUGCGGAUUUGUUUUACCCAGUUCUAAUAAUGUCUGAUGGUUAGUAAGAGUCCUGUCACCACUGCCAAGCUGCAUGUAGGUGCGUGAGGGAAAUUUAUACCACUCUGAUUUCUAGAGACAAACCAAACAGGUUUUUCUUUCAAUUCAAUCUCAAUCAACUGUAAAAAAAGGAAGUUUUGAUGAUUCUAAAAUACAUUUUGACUCCUUUUUCUGCUCUAGUUCAGAGCUCUGCAGCAAAUGCCUUUUGAUACGGAUGGAGACAAAGAUUUCAUAGUGAUGAAGGUUGGAAUCCGAAUCAGAUUGCUUGCUCGUCUUUUUUGCUUUCAUACUGUUAAUGCAUGUACACCACAGUGCCAAAAGUAUCCUCUUCCAUUACUCAACAUACGCAUCAGCUGAAGUGACAUUGCAUUCGGAAUCCAUGGGGUAAACAAUAAUAGGCUCACCCUUUGCAGCUGUUCUGUACCUUCCCACUUGAGUGGCUUCUCCAUGUCUUUUUGGACUUUCCUUUGCACACAGUCAUGUUGGAACAGGUUCCCAACAUUAUUUAAGCAUUAAACCCUCCAACAUCUCUUCAUAUUCUAGAGUUUCUGUCAUUGGAACUUAGGGGAUAAACUCAGCUCAUGAAAAGCGAGCCCACACCAUGAUAGCCCCUCCUACACAUUUCCCAUCUGGCAAAAUGGGAAAGUUUGAUUUGUCACUCCAAAUAAAGUGGCAGCACACUUUACAGACGGCAUCCAACACUUUGUCUUGUAUUAUGAGAUGAAGGACUUGGAUUUAGACAUUCAACUAUAAAAAUUCAUUAGAUCAGGGUUGCCCAAAUCCUGGCCUGGAGGGCCGGUGUCCUACAUGCUUUCCAACCAACCUGCCAUUGAAGCUCUUUAUUGGUUCAAAACACCUGAUCCAGGUAAUCAGUGACAGAUAAGGCAGGGUUUCUGGAAUACCAGCAGGACACCGGCCCUCCAGGCCAGGCUUUGGGGACCCCUGCAUUAGAUGAAGCGCUAGACACGGUUCUUCAGGUCAUCAUGGCAGAAUUGCUAUUGUUCUAGAUGCUUGUUCUUUGUUAUAAUUUAGCUGACAGUUGGCUGGAGUGUUUUGUAAUGUGGUCAUUUCCUGAUAAAACUUGUUGCAUAGAGUUCAUCCUGACAUGGUGCCACACUGUAAUUCACCAAUCUCCUGAAUGCAGUCCAUUCUUUCACUAAGGUCUGUAGAAGCUGCCUGCAAGUCAGGAUGAAUAAAUUGAAACACCUGAGUUUAGCUGUUGGAUGGACGAGUGAAUACUUUUGGCAUUAUGGUGCAGCCGCACAUACAACUGUCCAGAAAGCUUUUUGACAAUGGAGAACCUGCACACAUUGGUGGUGGCGCAACAGUGACACCACAGUCUUAUUUUCCCUUCUUCCUCCUUGUCUUCAGAAGUGUUCAAAACACCCCCCCCCCAAUAUUUUAAAGAUUUACGCAGAUGUAAAUUAUUUAUUGUUUUGCCCUUUCAACAAUCAAAGAUGCUGCAGCCUGUGACUCUGCCCCUCCCACAGACAGUUAAAGCAGGCGUAUUUACAGUUGUGACAGUGACAAAGGUUUAUUUAUCUACCGUACGGUUCAUUUGAAUAGGUAAGCUAACCCUAAACAAUUUAUCAGAAUAUACGGUUCUCGCACAAAGACAUGGAAUCAUUUAUCAAAGCAAACUGAACUUCAAGCACAAUCGCCAACUUUGUGAAUUAUUUAAGAAACACAUGAUGGAAUGUUAACGUCUUGAUACAAAACUUGACCAUUUGACUUCAGGGGUGAAGUUCAGUCGACUAAUCUCUGCAUGUCAUCCUUAAAUAUUUAUUUACAAAUUGACUUCUCGUAUUUCAUGAACUUUGAUAAGUUGAGAGGAGAGUUAAGAGCAUUAUUGAGUCCUUAUAUCUGAAGCACAUCUACUUUCCUGUCUGUAUGAGAAACUCGAUGCCUCAGCCGAAGAUUUUUACAGUCUUUUACAUUUGCAACCUGUUUUCUUCACAUGUUCUUUUUUUUGCUGUCGCUUGUAAAAACCUCAAAUCCAAUUCAAACCUUUGUGACAUUAAGUCAGCUUUUAAUUUCACACCAGCCCUGUUGUGCUGCCAGAGGAAAAAUGAAAGCAGGCCUCUGGAGAAGGUUUGCCGUUUAGCCCGCCUUUCAACCACAAGCAUGCAGACACGGAAACCAACCACCGCAACUCAAGCACACUCUGAACAUGUACAGACAUACCCUUGUAACUUAUUAACUUAUUUAUUUAUUAUGGAUGGGAACUUUUCCUCCCUUAAGUUUCCUGCUUUCUUUGCCCUCCUUUUAUCUGGUGGCCAACUUAGAAAAAUUACCCCCAAAAAAGAAAUAAAAAUCAAUUAAAUAAUCAACAGUAGACAAAACUAUCCCUCCAGACUUUGAUCCAGAUCACCGUCUGAUACUGCCUUGUACACAAUUUCCUUAAGGUGAGAAUGUAAAUACGUGGCAUGAGGUACAAACAUCGCUGACCUCAGAGCUGCCCUGUGUUGCACGUGGCGGCAACGCUCUUUAUGUGUGCUUGUUUUAGAAAAACUUGUCUCCUUAACUCUUGUGCUAUCCUAGGCACGUUAAUGUUGGGAGUUGGGUCAUCUAGACCCACAAGACAGUGCGCUGAACCUUUUUUCUUCAAUGAUUUGUGAUCUUCACUGGUGUCCAUGGAUUACAUGAAAUCCUUUAUCCUUUAUCCACCUUUGUCAUGGUAGGGAGAACACGUCAAUGUAAGGAUCGGGUCAUCUGGACCCCAUAGGAUAGCACAAGGGUUAUGGGGCUGUGGGACACACGGAGCUGCACGGCACACGGGGCGAACGAGCACACAGACUCAACACAAAGCUCUCAGAAAACGUUCAUGGAGGAGGAAGCAGGACCGUGAGGUUCUCUGAGGGACUUGGGACAGCAGAUCCUCCAGUCCUCUCUGUACUGAAUUUAUACAUUUAAUUAAUUUAUUCGUCUGAGUAUGGCAUGAGUUUUUUUUUUAAAUGCCCUUAUUAUUACCUAAGGUAAAUAAUGAAAAAAAAAAUUAAUGUAAACCCUGUAAAGCUACUUAAAGAUAGUUAUUGGAUUGUUUAUUUUUGUAGAAACUAAGGGUUUGCUGUUACUGAGAAACCUCCGCAUCCGUUUUGCUAUGUGCUAACAUGCCUCCUCCACAAUUUAAACUUAAAAAUUAAAGCAGAAUGAAUUAGAGGCUCAAUAACUCUUAUUUUUUAAAUAAUUUCUGGAAGAUAUUAGAGCCAAACUCCUCUGUUUAAACAUCUAUUUCUAUAUUUGGACUACAUUAUUCAAGCCCGUGUGUUAUAUGUGAUAGAGUCGCAGCGCUACGUGUUACAUAUGCAAAGCUGGGCGCUAUAUUGAAAAGGGAAAGAUAGUAGAGGGAUGGGGCCCCCCUGCGACGGUGCAAGUGUUGACCAUCACGCCACCCCGGGUGGGGACCGGCCCACAUACAAUGGGCGCAGGGGGUCUGAGGCGAUGUCAGCUACCCACCCGACGCCUCUUUAUAUACGGACCAAGGAGUCUAACAGUUUGUGUAACUCUUAGUUUGUGUGUAGAUUUGAAUUUGAUAACUACUAUGCAUCAGGUUCAGUUACGUUUACUAUAUAAUGACGAAUUUGUUUAUAGAAAAGUUUGAAAUGUCGUUCAUCUGUUGCAGCUUGUACAAAAACAUUAGUACCAUGACCAGGAUCUUAUAUCUGUGAUGACCAGAGUUGUUUCUUUUGAAAAUCAGACCAAAAUUAAGAAUUUUAUGCUCAUUUUACUGUGUCUGCUAAGCUGCAUGUCAUUGUUUACGGCUCUUCCCAAUAUGGCGUCAGAACUUUACGUCCAUUGGACAAUGCUAACAGCCUGGCGUAGCGGCUCUAUCCUUUAUAACUGAUUGAUUCAAACCAUAGCAGUGCCGCAUGCUAGCCCAUGUGUUAGCCUGCACUAAUGCUAGCUUCUAUAGUUUUCAUAUCGAGCAAUAAAGCCAUUUUAAAGGUUCCGUUAGCUAACAUCGCAAACCACAGAGCAAAACAAAACUGUGUUAAUUGAACUUUAGUGUAAAAAUUAUUUAUUUAGCUAUUUUAAAUUAGGAAAAUUAUAAUAUUUAUUGUGUACUGAAGUAGUCUUGGUGAGUCCUUAAACUAAAAUAUGUAGGUUAAUAUACACAAACAUAGCCUGAAUCUGUAAGAGGCCUACUAAAGAUUGCCUCUUGCAAAUAAAUAAAUAUUCUAUGUGUAUCUCUGAGUUUGAAUGAUGUUUAAAAAAAGUUCUGGGAUUUGGACAGAAAUUAACUCCUUAAAUGCGUUAGAAUGAAUUUGUUUCUUUAAAGCAUAAUCAUUUAACAUUGCUCUGUCAAUGUGAAAAUCCUUUAUUUUCUUCUUUAAUGCCUUUUGAAUUAACAUUUCCUUUAUCCUAAACCUUUUGAAAAGUAAAAAUAAACUAAAAAUGUUUAAAAUAUCUUUAAACAUGUUGUGGUUACUCCUGUUCAGGGCACAUUUUCUCCUCCAAAUCUCAAAGUUUGGCUUACCCAGACAUUCAUUUCCAUUAUAAUAUAAAUAUUAGUUUUUAUAAUAGAAUGAACAAUUACUCUAAAGUUUAAAUCUUUAGAAGGAUCUUUAGAGAUUUUUGACAUUAAUUCUAUAAAACCUUUUGUGAUGCACUUUUAGAAUUUGAACCUUUUAAAUAUUUAAAGCCAAUUUUAUUGAAACCACAACCUGAUUAAAAAAAUAUGAAUUAAAAUAACAGAGUCAAAUACACAAGUAAUUUAUUUAUGAAGUGGGAUUUCAUCUUCUGAAUAAUGUCUCUAACAAUCAUCUUAAAUUUUAAAUGGAACACUUUUCUCCACAUUAGAAAUUUCUUCCAGAAAAAGCACAGAACAUCUAAAAAAAAAGGAUCAAAUUAAUCAAAAACUUGUCAUAAAAGUGCAUGAGAGGACUCCCGGGUCUGUCUGACCCUUGUCUGUUUUCCAGCUACUGUAACCGUACUUGUUUAGUUUGGUAUUCUAUCAGUUUCACAUGGGUAUGUUUUUACCAACAUAAUGACUGCAUAGGUUCUUGUUUAGGUAUUUAGCAAAAAAAAAAACUCCUUGUAUGUGUGCUUUGGAAAAAAAAUGCAUUAGAUCGAAAGUCCUAAUAUAAAUACAACAAGCAAUAAGUUAUAGAUUGUUUUUUUAUGGAAUGUUUUACAUUUACUGUACCUUACUGAAUAAAGUAGACAAUUUUUAGACAG